AUGGUCCUCGCAAAGAAGCACGUCCCCAUCGUCAAGAAGCGCACCAAGCGUUUCUUCCGCCACCAGUCCGACCGCUUCAAGUGCGUGCCGGAGUCAUGGCGCAAGCCCAAGGGUAUCGACAACCGCGUCCGUAGACGCUUCAAGGGCAACAUCCCCAUGCCCUCGAUCGGUUACGGAAGCAACAAGAAGACCAAGCACAUGAUGCCCUCCGGCCACAAGGCUUUCCUCGUCCACAACCCCAAGGACGUCGAGCUUCUUCUCAUGCACAACCGCACCUACGCUGCUGAGAUCGCCUCCGCCGUCUCUUCCCGCAAGCGUGUCGACAUCAUUGCCAAGGCCAAGGCUCUCGGCGUCAAGGUCACCAACCCCAAGGGCCGUGUCACCACUGAGGCUUAA